AUGCGGUGUCCGGGUGCCGGGAACCGCUUCCCGCCCAUCUCCCUGCUGCAGUCAGCCAAGCUGUGGCAAAAGUCAUACUUCUACGUCAAGAACAUUCAUCCGACGAGGGACUACAUCAACCUGUCGGCUUAUGUAGAUGGCCCGCCUGCAGAGCCGCGCGCCAACUGGCAGUACAAGCCGAGCUCCCUAUUGGCCGCCUGCUCUGUCGCCCUCGCCCGACUUCAGGUGAUGACGGAGUUGGAGGGCCUCAAGGGCUCGGACCUGCUGGCCGCCUAUGUGCCCCGCCGCACGGACCCGCUUGCCGAUCUCCGGGAGGCGACGGAGCGGAACGCGCGGGAGGCGCACGAGGAGCUGGAGAAGGUGGAUGCGGCCAAGGCCGAGGCCGAUGCGGCGGCCAAGGCUCAAGCCGACGCCGCAGCCAAGGAGCAGGUGGACGCGGCCGCUAAGGCGCAGGAGAUGGAGGCGGCCCGCAGCCGGGCUCCACGGCUCGUCGUCCCGCUACGUGCCGUGCAACCAGCGCCAGGGAGCCAGGCACCGACUGGAGGAGCCGGCGACGACCAGCCAGUCCAGGAGAGGGGAGGAGGCGACCCCAUCGUCUUGGGGGCGGAAGUGCCCCCGCCCACGCCGACUGCCGACGCUCAAACUAGUCGGCCUAUCAUGCCGCAAGUCCCGCCAGUCGGUGGAGCGGCCGCCGACCUGCAACAGCGCCUGGGCGAAGCCCAAACUGAGCUGCGCACCAAGGAGGAGGAGCGCCGCAAGGCGGUUGAGGAGUGCGACCGCCUAGCCAAUGAGCUGGCGGCCCAGGCGGAUCAACACAAGGCGGCGCUCAAGAACGCAAAGGAUGACAAGGCCGCCCUCCAGGCCGAGUUCGAGACCGAAUGCUCGGGCUGGGCCGAGAAAGAGAAGGCUCUGAGCGACGGCUACGGCGAGAUCGAAGAUAUGAUCGACGAAAUCGCGCCCAAUGCGGCCCGGGCCCUCAGCGACCAGCUUCUCGCCAUCCACGCUCGUCUCCAGCCGUCCCACCAGAUGCUCCGCCGUCUACAGCGCGUCAGAGCCCGGGUGCUGACUACCCUCUGGCCGGACUCUUUGAUCCCGCGCACCCCAAGCCGGACUGCUGAGUGGCUGGAGGUAGCAGUAGGCCGCUUUGAGGCUUGGAAGGGCUCGGCGGCUCGUCCCGGCGCUCGGAGGGCCCUGGAGUUUGUCAAGGCUUGGUACCCAGGCCUGCAUUUGGCCCAGUUGGCCACCUUCCGGCUAGAGGCCGCACCAGAGCUAGCGGCGGCGAGCCUUGACCAGACUCAUCGCGCGGCAGCGAUCGCCGACUACGCCGACACCUUCAUGUUCGUCUCGGAGCUAAAUGAGGAGGGAGCCGAGGUGCCACCCAACUGGUUUGGGAUGAACCCGGAGUAUGAGGAAGAUUCAGUGGAGGAGAUCGCCUCCAGCGAUGAAGGCGAGGACGAAGGAGAUGAGGACGGCGAGGAUGAUGCGUCGGGUGAUGGAGCCGAUGGCCAGCCUCAGCCCGACCAAGCCUCGACCAACGAGCCGCGAGUCGGCGAGCCGACUGCUGCUGGUGCCGACCAGGCCGAGACCAACCAGACAUCCAUUCCACCACCUGGUGCCUCCACCUCCGCCGACCCCUCGGAUCCGACUGCAGCCCCUCCAGCCUAG